AUGCCUGAAAAUAGUAAUUCCGUAAAGCUUAGUGAUGCGACGCUGUUUAACGUCAUUGCAGAAGAUUGCGUUCCCGAGCAUGCCGUGGGGGCUUUUCGACGGCUUUGCGCCUUAUGCACUUACGAGUUUCACCGCGCACCCGCGCAACGCGGAAUUACAAUGCCCGUCUCUUGCUACCCUUUUUAUUUCUACCUACGAUCAAGUGUUCUUCUGUUCAACAUGAAAAGAGUGGCCUUCAGCGAGCAGGUGUCUGGCUUUCCAAAGCUCCAGGUUGGUAUUUUACUGCUCAUACAGGUAGCCCAGUAUACCGCUGAGCUCUCAACAGAUUGCUACAUUUGGCAUAUUAUCAAGAGCUUCCACACGGCAAAAGCCCAUGAUGAAGUGCUCAAAUAUAUUGGCUACCUCGCUUUUGCCGACGGUGCACCACAGGUUCUUACAUACAUCUUCUGGGCCUUUCAAGCCGAACGUUUUGGCCGCAAGCCAAUCAUGCUGACUGGCCUCAUUUCCUUGGCCUUUUCUAUGCUGCUCUACGGCUUCGGAAGAAAAUUCUACCUGAUCUGGAUAGCGAAAUUUGCCGCUAGUCUGCUCAAUGCCAACCACACGCUGGUGAGGACAGCUCUGGGAGAAGUGACUCCAUCACUAAACCAUCAACCUUUGGCAUUUUUGACCAUUCCAGUCUCCUAUUUCGUGGGAUCAUGGCUUGGACCCCUCAUUGGCAAUAAUCUCAUUACUCCAUGGACUGGACCACCUCCUGCUGAUGCUCCACCUGACAGACGGUUCAUCAAGGUGUUCCCGUUUGCGCUCCCUAACAUUGUGCUGGCCAUCAUUCUGCUUUCCACGGCUCUUUUGACAUUCCUCUUUUUCGAGGAAACUCAUCCGUAUCUUGACCACCAAGCAGAUCGGGGGCUUGCCUUUGGUAACUUGAUCAGAGAGAAGCUCGGCCUGUCGUCAUCCAAAGGAAGUUACAGCCGCAAAUUCGCUACGGCAAAUGAUGGCCUGGUGGAUGGCGAAGAUGACAUCGAGCUCCAGGACCCUACAGGUGCUGCAGAAGAUAGUUCUGCUCCGGUUUUUGCAACCUACAGCAGACCAAAACUGAUCCAGAUGAUAAUUUCGCACACGCUGUUUGGUUAUCUGUCUGCUGUGUUUGCAAAGCUCGCUGACUCCUAUUUCACAGAAUCGUUGAACAAGGAUUCCAUUGGGUUUCCGUUCAUGUUCAAAGGAGGAUGUGGAAUCAGCUGGGUGGAUCUACCUGUUAUUGUGAUUAGAUGUCUGGUGGUUGCCAUCAUAAUAACCGUCAUAGCCGUGCCGCUGGCUGCCAAAUACGGCGCUAUUCUGGGUGGCUACCGCGUCAGUCUUACCAGCUUCAUUGUCACCUUCUUUUUCCUGCCACUCUUCGUCUUUGUCGCUCCUGAUGUGACUGGAAUUCCCCAAUCUGCCUACUACGGCUUCCUUUAUGUUCUUCUCCUGGCACAAAACACGUUCUUCCUGAUUGGACUUGCCUUCGCUGCGACGUUGCUGAACAUGCACGUUUCUGCUGAGGACCGCAACAUUCAGACGGCAAUUGCAAUGGCAGCAUAUGCUGGCAUGGGCUACUUUGGAACGAUGCUGACUUCCUGGAUGAGGUCUCUGUUCAACAACCUUGGACUGCAGACCAUUUUCUGGUGGCUCCUUGCCCUGAUUUCGUUGUUUACACUCCUACAUUCACGCGUGAUUGCCAAUUAG